AUCAUAGAAUUUAAUGUAGUUAAAUUUAUCAAAAUGAAAGUAUUUUGUCCCACAUUCUUUCUACAUUAUUAAUUUGUGGUCUUUAUAUUACAAAUCAACCUAAUUUAAUAAUUAGGUAAAUGUUGUCUUUACUAUAAUUAAAUUUAUUUUUUCCCUCCAUAUUAAUUGCCUAAACAUCCUCCCACUCUUCUUUAUAAGCUAACUUUUUUUUUCUUUCUUUCUCCAAAUUGAGAGAGUGAGAGAAGAAAAAUGAAGCACUUUUCUUUGGCCAUUCUUUUGGUAAUUUUGAUCCACCAACACAAUUUUGUAGAAGCAACAAAAAAUGGUUUCAUCAGAACUUGGGGGCACCAUUUUAUGCUGAAUGGUAAUCCAUACUAUGCAAAUGGAUUCAAUGCCUACUGGUUAAUGUAUGUAGCUUCUGACCCAUCUCAGAGGUUCAAAGUUUCAUCUGCUUUUCAAGAAGCUUCUAGCCAUGGACUCACUGUGGCUAGAACUUGGGCUUUCAGUGAUGGAGGUUAUAGACCUCUUCAGUAUGCUCCUGGCUCAUAUAAUGACCAAACUUUUAAGGGGCUUGAUUUUGUUGUAGCUGAGGCCAGAAAGCAUGGGAUUAAGCUUAUACUGAGUUUGGUUAACAAUUAUGAGAGCUUUGGUGGGAAAAAGCAGUACGUGAAUUGGGCUAGAAAUCAAGGGCAGUAUUUGACAUCUGAUGAUGAUUUUUUUAGGAACCCUAUUGUCAAAGGCUACUACAAGAAUCAUGUAUCUACUGUUCUUAACAGAUACAACAGUUUCACUGGGCUUCACUACAAAAAUGACCCAACAAUCAUGGCUUGGGAGCUUAUGAAUGAGCCCAGAUGCACUUCUGAUCCUUCAGGAAGGACUAUUCAGGCAUGGAUAACAGAAAUGGCUGCUCAUGUUAAGUCCAUAGACAGAAAUCACUUGCUUGAAAUUGGUUCAGAAGGGUUUUAUGGACAAUCAUCUCCUCAUAGAAGGAGUCUCAAUCCUGGUUUAAAUAUUGGGACAGAUUUCAUUGCAAACAACAGAAUCCCUCACAUUGAUUUUGCUACUGUUCAUUCUUAUCCUGACCAAUGGUUAACAGGAGCAAAUGAUCAAAACCAGCUUUCUUUCUUGAACCAAUGGCUAGACUCACACAUCCAAGAUUCACAAAACAUUCUUCGAAAGCCAUUACUUCUAACCGAAUUUGGGAAAUCUUCGAAAGAUUCUGGCUACAACACAUACCAGAGAGACCAGCUCUUCAACACAGUGUACAACAAGGUAUACUCAUCAGCUAAAAGAGGAGGAGUUGCAGCUGGGGCAAUGUUUUGGCAACUUUUAACCGACGGGAUGGACUCUUUUCGCGACGGUUAUGAGAUAAUUCUGAGCCAAAGUUCCUCAACUGCAAAUAUAAUUACUCAACAGUCUCACAAGCUUGAUCAGGUCAGAAAAAUCUUUGUAAGGAUGAGAAAUGUUGAGAGGUGGAAGAGGGCAAAAGCAGCUAGAAGAGCCCAAUGGUUAAGCCGAAACAGAGGAAAACGCAUAGGAAACUAAAGAAAAAUAAGGACUUUGACUAAAAAUUAUAGAAUGAACAAUGCCUUAAAAAAAUACUUAUUUAUAUACUUGUUUAAGCUUAAUUAGUUUGUUUAGUGUUUUGCUUGGAAUUGUUUCUCUUAGAGAUGAAUGUGUUAUUCGUCCAGGAGGGUAGUGAGUAUUGUUUUUUUGUUUCUUCGUUAUAUGUCCCAAGUUGCUAUUUUUUAAUCAACAAGAGUGACUAAAGUUUGUGUCAUUUUGUUUCAAGUUGUUGUAACCAAUUAAAGAACAAAUGUCAUUUGGUGUUCAAGGUA